AUGGGGAAAUAUAGUCAUGAGCCUCUUAAUCUUGACCGCCCCGCGAUUCGAUUGCUCCAUCUGCACCCAGGAAGCAACAAUUCCGAGAUAUCCUGCAGCCUUUCCCUGGUAGAGCUGAACCAACGAAACGAUACAAUCUCAUAUGAAGCCCUUUCAUACACUUGGGGCUUCCUAGACUUGUUUGAGAGGAUCAUUGUGGAUGGCUGCUACCUGAAUGUAACAUAUAAUCUCCAUUCAGUUCUUCAACAACUUCGUUAUUCGGACGUGGAUCGUAUCCUAUGGAUUGAUGCAGUAUGCAUUGACCAAGAAAACAUGAAAGAAAGAGGACACCAAGUUGAACAGAUGAGCAAGAUCUAUAGUGAAGCCGAGAGAGUGAUUUUCUGGCUGGGGCCGGGAACAGUUGAAACGGAUAUGCUCAUGGAAUCUUUGCGAGUCUUGCAGCACGAGAGCAUCCAUCAUCAUUUUGGAGACUGGUCCCUCCAAGACGAUCGCUGGAAGAAUCUAUGGGCUUGCAUGGAGACAACGUUUGAAAGUUUCCACAAAAAAUUCAGAACUUUACAACGCGAAGGCUUGCGACAGCUUCUAGCAAGGCCGUGGUUUCGCAGAGUCUGGAUUCUACAGGAAGUGGCGCUGGCAAAGGCCGGGAUCAUUGUUUGCGGCAGGAAAAAUGUGUCGGCCCGGCUCUUCGGCUUGAUUCCUCUGUUUCUGGAAAUAAAACCAGACCCGCACUCCCAAUCUGUACUCGAUAUUAUGCCAAGUCCAUGGAGAAAGACUUCUUGGUGGAGCAAGAGUCCAAAUCUUCGCACACUGCUAUCAAGUUUUGGAGACAGCGAAGCGACGGAGCCACGGGAUCUCGUAUAUGCUUUGCGAGGGAUGUCAUCGGAUGCAGCAGAAAAGGAUGGUAUCAUUCCUGAUUAUGACAAGUCAGAAGAAAAUUUGGUGCGCGAAGUUGUUCAGUUUGUCGAACAUUGUGAGCUGGAAGGUUUGCCAUUAGAGACACGACCACGCUCUGUACGAAACUUGAUUAAAUGCCUGAGAGCUCUUGAUUUGGGCCGUUGCAUGGCCCUGGCAAAAAGAUCAUCACCGCAUGAGAUAGAAAUGUUUCUUGAGAAGUCUAAAGUCAGGGUCAAUCAAGAAAUUUUCACGACGGCGGUAGCAUGUGAUAAUACAGGCGAAGUGGUUGAAAUAUUGCUGCGAUAUCGUCAACGGGAAUUCAUACUCGACGACACAAUCUUGUUACCUGCGGCAAAAAAUGAGAUCGGCGCAAAGGGGGUAUUUGAAGUUCUCUUCCGUUACGCAAGAGGUCAAAUCACGAUCUCAGACAAGGCGCUUAUAGCUGUUGCGGGAAACGAACUAUGCGGCGAUGGGAUAUUUGAAGUUAUCCUCCGUUACCAAGGAGAUCGAAUCACAAUCCCAGAAGGCGUGCUUGCAGCUGCCGUGGAGAACAAACAAUGCGGCGAUAGGAUAAUUAAAGUUCUCGCCCGUUACCGAGAAGACAAAAUC